AGACCUUCUCUUUGAACUAGAAGCCUUAAGCCAUGUCUUCUUCUUCCUCGCUAGUUCUCUUCUCUAUUAUCUCUCUCUUCCUCAAUGUCUCACUCGCAGACAAUCACACGGCGGUUGUUAUAACAAACUCAGACACUCCACCGCCACUUCCUCCGCCUUCUCCACCGCCACGGCAUACCUUCACUUCCUCUUUCAUGCCGGGAAUCGCCGUCGUUAUCGCCGUACUCACUGCGUUUUUCUCUCUCACUUUCUUACUUCUCCUCUACGUCAAACACUGUAAACGACGAAGCGGAACCGUUUACGUAAACCACCCGCAGCGUUUCGCAAUCUCUAGAUACGGAGGAGGAUAUUACAACGGUGGAGGAGUAGUAGGAGGAAGAAAAAACUCCGGUAUAGACCGGUCCGUGAUUGAAUCUUUACCGGUUUUCCGGUUUGGUGCAUUGAGUGGUCACAAGGAUGGUUUAGAGUGCGCCGUGUGUCUCGCUCGGUUCGAACCGACGGAAGUUCUGAGGUUAUUGCCGAAAUGUAAACACGCCUUCCACGUGGAAUGUGUUGACACGUGGCUUGACGCUCACUCCACUUGCCCGCUUUGCCGUUACCGGGUUGACCCGGAAGAUAUACUCUUGAUCGGUGAUUGUAACUCCUGGUUCGAGCUCCGUUUCUCUAAAGAAGAAUCAAACAGUAUUAGUAAUCCUCCCGGUUUAACCCGGUUUGUUCCGGUUAGUCGAAUCUCCGGUCGUCAUUCAUCGGCUGGUGAACGAGCGAGUCGACUCAACGAGAUUAGAACAUCGUCGUCGUCUAAAUCGACUCCGAUGUCGUUUCGGAGAUCACUCGAUAGCUCUCUGAAAGUUAACGACGCCGGCGAGGAGAAAUCGGAACCUGUCGCCGUUAAUUGCUUGGAUCGUUUACAGAGGAAAGACGGAUUGUUGUUGAUUCCGAAUCGGGAGAGCUUUGAGGGGAGAUUUGAGCACCGGAUAAUUAUCUCCGGCGGGAAUCUAGAUGAUCAGAGGUGGAGCGAGGUUAGGCCGUCGGAUCUUUUGUACUUACGGUCGGAGAUGAUACUUAGCGAUUGCCGGAAAUUAGCUGCGGCGGAGGGUGGCAGAGAUGUAGUUAACGGGAGAAGUGUGUCGGAGUUAACGGGAAUUGAGAGACGGAGGAGAUGGGGAGGAGAGCCGAGACAACGACAAGCCACGGCGGUGAUUUCGAGGUGGCUCGCUUGGUCCCACCGUGCCUCCGCUUCCAGCAUUGUUUAAAAUUUAUAUUUUUGGUCCUUUUAGUUUUGUUUUAUAACAGUUUUGGCCGGUUUAGUUUUGUUCUAUACAUUUAGCCCAAAUUAAUAUAUUCGAGGAAUGCAA